AUGAAGAAACAGGUUUAUGGAGAUCGCUCUACUCAGCCUCCCCGAUGUGGUAGAUGCAAGGUGAACCACUUUGGGAAUUGCAAGCCAGACUCUGGGAGAUGUUACCGUUGUGACCAGCCAGGGCAUUACGCGAGGGAUUGUACUGCCCCGAAUGCUCCCGAGAAGACUAGAGGUCGUGUUUACACCUUGGAUGCUAGGAAGGCCCAAGGAAACACUAACCUUGUUGCUGGUACGUGUUAUGUUAAUGAUCAGCCCUUGUUUGUGCUAGUUGAUUGUGGAGCAACACAUUCUUUUAUUUCUUAUCCUUGUGUGCGGAGGCUUGGUUUUGAGACGAGUCUUCUUCCUAAUCCUAUGAUUAUCUCGUCGGCUACAAACGAUGUGGUAGAAGCUCGGGAAAUUUGCAAGGAGUGUUCUAUUACCUUCAAUGGUCGUAGAUUCGUGAUUGAUCUCAUUUGUCUACCUCUUAAGAAGAUUGAUGUAGUACUUGGUAUGGACUGGUUGUCAGCUAACUCGGUGUACAUCGGUUGUAAAGAGAAGGCUAUCUUCAUCCCUGCUGAGGAGACUACAUCAACCGAUGCCAUUGAACAUCUUCUUGAAGGUACGAUUAACAUGAUCAAUUACCUUUUUGCUCAAGAGAAGUCUUUCCUUUUGGUUCUUACGUCGGACUCCAAGGACAAGAAGAGUGUAUUGGAGAUUCCGGUUGUGUGUGAAUUUUCCGAUCACAUGGAGCAUUUGAGGAUUGUGUUGUCGGUUCUUAGAGAAAAGCAGUUGUUUGCGAAGUUUAGCAAGUGUGAGUUCUAG